AUGUGCCGGAAUACAGUGCGACCUGUUUGGGUCGUGCCCUAUGUGAGCAGCUGCUUCAGGCUUUCGGUGAUAAAAAUAUUAUGUUGGGAUGCCCUUGACCACAAAGUUUACUUUUUGGCUACUCAAGAUAAGAAGCCUGGUCAACAGCACUUAUAUUCUGUUAAGGAUCCAAUUCACGAUGAUACAAGAAUAAUUGAACCACAGUGUAUUACAUGUGACUUAGGCGAGGAUCUUUGGAGUAGUCGAUACUAUUAUACGAACUGUUCACAUUUUGAAGCCUUUAUAACACCAACAUUUGGGGUUUCAACAAUCAAUGGAAUUGAGUUCUACAUUUUGGAGUGCCUAGGUCCAGGGCUACCUGUAUCAGGAGUCCACAUGCACAAGACCCACAGUUUAGUACAAAUUUUAUAUGACACAAGGCCAUUUUAUACAGAAAGGCUACAAAAACUGGCACUACCGUCUCAUCGAUAUUUUGAAAUACCAUUAACGCAUGGAGGACGAGCUCAAGUUCAGUUACUACUCCCACCCAGCUGGCGAGAAGAAUUACGAGAUGCUGCUUUCCCAGUUAUUGUUGAAGUUUGUCAUGUCUGAUGGAAAUGGAAAUGAAACACCCAAAAAAUGGAAAGGUAGAGCAAAUUGAUCAGGCACACCUACACAGGCUCCUAAAUGCAUAUGCACGCAUAUUUUUGAUGCACCCGCCACGAGCACCAAGGGGCGGUCGCCCCCUGGGAAUCAGCAGAUUAUAUCGCCCGAGCGAGCCAAACAAACUUGAAUUUUAUUUUGCCAGCCAAAUCUGGGCAAUUCAGUUCAGCGAUCCAAAUCGUCAUUGGGUAGCUUAUAACAAAAAUAAAAAGUAUAGUUGUAUAGUUUUUAAAAUUUACAACCACCAAAAGAAAUUGUGAAAUACUUGGGGAAUACCAUUUACAAGAAAACAAGCCCUUAUUACUACCCACUGUGGAAACCUGUCUCUGAACUUCU